AACAGCUUGAAUGUGUCUGCAUAGGACCUGAGCCGAUCUGGGUCCAUCCAUGUGUUUACUACUAGCACAGUGAAGCUUUAAAUGGCUCCAUCAUGCCUUGCGGCGCGGAUGAUGUUGUGCUCCGAUCUAAAUCACCACUCGCGUCCCCGUCACUGAUGGGCAGAGCAGCGGGUGCUGUAUCGGGCAGCCUUCGUGUCGGAUGUCCGAAGACGGGACGGACCGAGUGGUGUUUACAUCCACACGGCUUCGCAGAGGAGGAGGAGGAAGAGGAGGAGGAGGAGGAGGCUGCGCACCGUUAACUCCUGCAGGAGCGGAAAGGCACGGAUUGAACCCGGGAUCUCAACCUGCUCUACACGCCACAGGAAGCGGUGAAUUUUACUCAGAAGAGGCAUACCGAGGCUCCGGAGCACCGGGACGGCUUCUUCUUUUUUUUUUUCUUUUUAAAAAAAAAAAAAAGCUCCGACAGGCGGAGAGGAAGGUUCAGGAGGGAUGUGCAUUGGAGCUGCUGCUGACUGACUCAUCUGUUGUUAGGUGGUAAAAGGGUGCGAGAAUAAACCCUAAGAGCUCCCCCUGGUGGCAUGGAGGAAUGAGGGCCUCUGGAUGAAGGCCAUGGAGCUGAAAGUCUGGGUGGACGGCGUACAGCGCAUCGUGUGCGGGGUCACGGAGUUCACCACCUGCCAGGAAGUGGUCAUCGCUUUGGCACAAGCGAUUGGACGCACCGGCAGGUACACUUUGAUCGAGAAAUGGCGAGACACGGAGCGCCACUUGGCUCCACAUGAGAACCCCGUGGUGUCCCUCAACAAGUGGGGUCAGUAUGCCAGCGACGUGCAGCUCAUCCUUCAGCGGACCGGCCCCUCCGCCAGCGAGCGGCCGACCUCCGAAGGGCUGGCUCGGGUCCCGGAGCGGGGCCUCUACCGCCAGAGCCUGCCGCCUCUGGCCAAGCUGCGGCCUGCGGGGACGGACGGCUCGCUCAAACGUAGGGAACCCAAACGCAAGUCUCUGACCUUCACCGGGGGAGCCAGAGGACUGCGGGAAAUAUUUGGAAAAAGUAAAGAUACCGAAGCCAAACAGCCUAAGCAGCAGGGCGUCAGUCUGAACCUGAGCAGAGUUGGCGGCCGUGGGACGGCAUCUGUACCCGGGAGUCCGGCCAGGGAGCUCAGCCGGCUGGUCCAGCUGCAGCGAGGCAAGCUGCAGGCCCUGGAGAGCCGUCUGCAGGGCUGCGAGGCCGAGCUGCGAGACUGGGAGGAGGCCAGCGACGAAGGAAACGUGGAGGACGAGCUACUGCUGCUUCUGGAGCAGCAGGUGAGGAGGAACGACGCCGAGGCGGAGGAGGAGGAGUCCCACAUCGAGCAGGAGGCGGCGGGCAGGCUGCGGCAGCAGCUCGUCGAGCUCUUGGGGCAGCAGCGACGCGACUGCAGCAAGCUUUUGGAGUACUUGGCGCGCAUUCAGAGUAUGGAGACGGGCCUAGAGAAGGAGCGACUGCAGCUGGAGGCCGAGCUCAACCUGAAGGUCAAGGAGGAAGAGGUGCAGGCCCAGCUGGAGAAAGUGAGGGCAGAGCUGGAAGUGCAGAGCCAACAAACGGCGCGGCUGGAAAGCAGCUGCAAGGCGUUGGAGCGCUCGCUUUGCCAGUCGGGCAAAAGACUCCAGGAGAAAGAGCAGGAGCUCGAGCAGCUAACCAAAGAGCUGCGGCAGGUCAACCUGCAGCAGUUCAUCCAGCAGACUGGCACCAAGGUCACGGUGCUGCCCGCUCAACCUGCAGGAGACAACAACGAUGUGGAGUGCGGCUCUCUGAAACGGCUGGGCUCGUCGCGGCUAUUACCCAGCGAUCUCCGCGCUCUGCAGAGCAGGGUCUCCUCCAGUCUAAACCCAGAAGGCAUCUACGUCUGACUCCGCACGGCCGACGCAGACAGCUGGGUGGCCUGGUGUUUCAGAUUCACAGGACAGCCGAGAAUCCUCAUCAGAAACAGCCAUUUUACCGAGACUCGGAGACAAACCAAAGUCAUGCUAAGGUCAUGCUAAUGUACAACA